UAUGGAACCAAGUUCUCUGGUCGUCCCGAACGAGAGAGAGAGAGACAGCGAGCGCAAAAUGGUAAAGCAAGAGAAUAGAACGAGUGCUUAGCUCCAGAAGGCCAUGAGCCUGAAGCAGGAUCUAGAGCGACACCAACAGCACAGCGACCACAGCUCCGACCACCAUUCCCAUCCACCUCCUCAGCGCCGCCCCCGUGGCUUCGCCGCCGCCGCCGCGGCGGCAGUCGGCGCUGUAGGUUCCGCCACCACUCCUCCAGCAGGUACCUCUGUGCUGCCCGGGACGGGAAGAAAAGAGCGAGAGAAGGAGAAGGAACGAACGAAGCUGCGUGAAAGGCACCGCCGUGCGAUCACUAGCCGCAUGCUUUCUGGACUCCGUCAACAUGGUAACUUCCCUCUUCCGGCACGCGCCGACAUGAACGAUGUCCUUGCAGCCCUCGCCCGUGAGGCUGGUUGGACCGUCGAUCCCGAUGGCACGACCUACCGGCCAUCUCCUACACCACCUCCUCCUCUUCCUCCUCCUCCUGCAGUUGCUGCCCCACCGAACCCUCUUUCUCAAUUGGCACCAUUCCUAGUACGUUCGAUAGAGAGUUCCUUGUCUGUCACUUCUUUGAAGAAUCGCACGAGCCAAGCACCUUCAGAUUCUCAAGCAUCUUUUCUCAGGAUUGAUGAUGGAUUGUCUCCAUCUUCACUUGACUCAGUUGUAGUCACAGAAAGGGAUAUUAAGAAUGAUAAAUUUACUAAUUCCAGCCCCAUCAACUCAUCAGAAUGUGUGGAUGCUGACCAGCUAAUGCAGGGGGCUUUAGAGCAGGAUGGUGAUUUUGUCGGAACACCAUAUGUUCCCGUUUACAUAACCCUUGCUGCCAGCAUAAUCAACAGUUAUUGCCAAUUGGUUGAUCCUGAAGCAGUUCGUCAUGAAUUGGAACAGUUAAAAGGGCUGCAUAUUGAUGGAGUUGUGGUUGAUUGUUGGUGGGGAAUUGUGGAAGGUUGGAGUCCACACAAGUAUCAGUGGUCUGGCUAUAGAGAUCUGUUUAAUAUAAUCCGUGAGUUUAAGCUGAAAUUACAGGUUGUAUUGGCAUUUCAUGAGAAUGGUGGAAAAGAAUCGGGUGAUAUGGUUAUCUCUCUUCCCAAAUGGAUCUUGGAGAUUGGGCAAGAUAAUCAAGAUAUAUUUUUCACAGACCAUGAAGGAAGGAGAAACACCGAAUGUCUUUCUUGGGGUAUUGAUAAAGAGCGUGUCCUAAAAGGGAGAACUGGCAUUGAGGUCUAUUUUGACUUCAUGAGAAGCUUCCGGAUGGAAUUUGAUGACUUAUUUGAAGAGGGUAUGAUUUCUGCUAUUGAAAUUGGACUUGGCGCUUCCGGUGAGCUGAAAUAUCCUUCCCAUUCAGAAAAGAUAGGGUGGAGGUACCCUGGUAUUGGAGAGUUUCAGUGCUAUGACAAGUAUAUGCAGCAGAAUCUGCGAAGAGCUGCUAGGGUACGAGGGCACUCUUUUUGGGCCAGGGGCCCUAAUAAUGCUGGCCAUUAUAACUCCAGGCCUCAUGAAACUGGGUUCUUCUGUGAUCGGGGUGAUUAUGACAGCUACUAUGGACGAUUUUUCCUUCAUUGGUAUUCACAGGUCCUUAUUAACCAUGCUGAUCAAGUAUUAUCCCUUGCAAGCCUUGCUUUUGAAGGAACGCAGUUAGCUGUAAAGAUUCCUGCAAUCUAUUGGUGGUAUAGGACUUCAAGCCAUGCUGCAGAACUAACAGCAGGAUAUUAUAAUCCUACCAAUCAGGAUGGCUAUUCUCCAGUUUUUGACUUGCUUAAGAAGCAUUUUGUGACAAUAAAGUUUGUCUUGGUCAGUCAAACACCAGGUUCUUUGAAUGAGACCGAUGAAGCCUGGUCUGACCCAGAAGGUCAGAGUUGGCAGGUCCUCAAUUCAGCCUGGGACCGCAGAUUGAUUGUUGCUGGUCAGGGUAAUUUCCAAUGUCAUGAUAGAGAUGCCUGCAUUAGGGUCCUUGAAACUGCAAAACCAAGAAAUGAUCCUGAUCGGCAUCAUCUUUCAUUUUUCACUUACCAGACUGUCUCACCUGUCUUCAUGCAAGGCGAUUUAUUCUUGUCAGACCUGGACAGCUUCAUCAAAUCCAUGCAUGGGGACAUUUUGUCUGUUGAUGAUGCAGUUUGAACAUUCAAUUUGUUCAUUUUUCAUACAAAUGAAAAAUAUGAGUAGAGAGCACUUGUCAUUGAUAGGAAGGAACUUGGACCUCUUGUUUUCUAUCUUUAUAUUACUUAAACUUGCAGUUUAACAGCCUCCUUGUUUGUAUUGAUUACAAGGAUGCCCAUUCAAGUUUUUUUGGUCUGAGCUCUUUCUAUUAUACAAGUCUAACCUUUGCUUCUGUCCUAGUUUAAAUUCUGUGAGUGAAUUCAAAGUCAUUUAUGAGGACUGAGGCAGAAUCACAUUUUUUAUGCUUGAA